CCUCAAGUCGUUCACAUCGCAGUUGCAAGUCCUACAGCAACUAAACUUUCUGCAAAACACACGAGUGAUUUAUUGCCCCGGGGCGCGCACAUAUCUAACCGGGACUGUUAUCGUAUUAUUCAGGCUAAGCUCCGCGUCUUGUUGAUUGUUGGUGGUCGAUUUUUGAAUAACCGCAAGGCAGUUAAGGGAUGAAGUGGAUUGUUGUUGGGAUUACCGUCCUAGCCGUAUCGUUGAUUCCGGGAAUUUCCAACUUUCCGCAGCCAACGAAGAAGCCAAGCUUGGGGGGUGGCUGGUGGAGACCGCGAUGGCCUGCCUUGGGCGACGCUGCCCGUUCCCUCGUGUUUGAAGAUUGUGGUGCCUAUUUUGAUGUUCAAUCUAUUCGGAUUUCCAGCUGCUCUACUACCCCUUGCACCCUCUUCCGAGGGAUGACUUCAACUGUGACGGUUGAAUUCCGUACCAAUGGAAGUCCACCGGCAACGGCGCUCCGACACGAGGCCUAUUUCAUACUGAACGCUAUCCGAACUCGAGCUACCAUAACACCAAACGUGUGCGAUGGAACACAGUGUCCGCUACAAUCGGAUCAGGGUCUGCUUUUUGAGGCGGUCAUCCAGGUUAGCCAUCUACUUCCGGCGCUUCGCGGAAACCUUCGCUGGGAGCUGAAGGACGAAUGGAACGAGGUGCUGCUCUGCUAUCAGGUUCCGAUUCUGAUUACCAGUUGAAAGAGAAAAUUGCGCGCGUUGCCGCGCUAUAAAGCCUACCAAUCUUGCCAUAAAACGACGGUGGCGGACUCUGCUCGUCGGACGGGCAACUAGUUUCGUUCGAAUCGAGUGGUAGGUGGCGGGGCAAUGAGCACUUGGAUGUGGAAACUGAAUUUUGUAAACAACGGAUUC